UUAUUUUGUUUACUUUACAUGUGUCGCUUUAGUUGUUUAUAAAUCAUAUACAGUAAGAUAAAACGUGUUUUUCUGGCACAUGAGAUCGUUAAAGUGUCAGUUUGGAUUAAAAACAGCAGUCCGAUUUGAGCGGGAAGUGAAGCCCCGGAAGUGGAAACUACACUUCCCAUAAUGCGCUGCGUCUGAAGGGUCAGACUGAGUUUAAACGGCUAAAGCAGCAGUGCGGUGUGAAAUAUAGGCUACCUUAAAAAACCUCUUCAACAACUCGGAAUAAAUCCUCCAGCUGACGCGUCCCGGUGCCGCCAGACUGUUAUGUAGCUCCCGGAGCGGCGGGCGCGGAGUUUAACGGACCGACUCUUUUGCUUUGUGCGAUGUUUUCGCCGGUUUUUGUCAGUUAGCGCUGCUAAGCUAACGCUAAGCUAACUGCUAGCUAACGUGUCGGACAGGUGUGUUUGUUGACAUGAAGUAACUGUUGUUAUCGUUAUUGACGUUAAUCCGCCGCGGGUUCGAGCCCCCCUGUGAACACUGAACCAUGACGCUGGCCCCCAAGGAGCUGUCCAACCUGCUGAGCAUCAUCUCGGAGGAAGCGUGCACCAACACCUUCGAGAGCCUGUCGGCGCACUUCCACCACUACUUCGGCAAGGCGGAGCACUUCAGGGUGGGCUCGGUGCUGGUGAUGCUGCUGCAGCAGCCGGACCUGCUGCCCAGCUCUCCGCAGCGCCUCACUGCCCUCUACCUGCUCUGGGAGAUGUACCGCACCGAGCCGCUGGCCGCCAACCCGUUCGCCGCCGUGUUUGCUCACCUGCUCAACCCCUCACCUGCCGGGGAGGAGCCCGAGAAGCUGCUGUCAGGGUUCCUGCCGCCCAUCACGCAGCCCGAGAAGUUCUUCCUGUCUCAGCUGAUGCUGGCUCCGCCCAGAGACCUGUUCAAGAAGACGCCUCGACAGGUGUCCUGCAUGGACGUCGGCAACAUGCCGCAGGCCAUCGACAUCAGCGGGCUGCAGCUCGCACUCGCAGAGCGUCAGUCGGAGCUGCCCACUCAGAGUAAAGCGAGCUUCCCCAGCAUCCUGAACGACCCAGACCCCGACUCGUCUAACUCUGGCUUCGACAGCUCCGUAGCCAAUCAGAUCAUAGAGUCUCUGGUCACGGGACCCCGCCCCCCUCUGGAGAGUCACUUCCGGCCCGAGUUCAUCCGGCCGCCGCCCCCUCUGCACGUGUGCGAAGACGAGUUGGCGUGGCUGAACCCCACGGAGCCAGACCACAGCAUCCAAUGGGAUCGCUCCAUGUGUGUGAAGAACAGCACCGGCGUGGAGAUCAAACGAAUCAUGUCAAAAGCCUUCAAGAGCCCACUGUCCGCCCAGCAGCAGUCUCAGCUGCUGGCGGAGCUGGAGAAAGACCCGAAGCUGGUGUACCACAUCGGGCUGUCCCCAGCAAAGCUCCCUGACCUGGUGGAGAACAACCCGCUGGUAGCCAUUGAGAUGCUGCUGAAGCUGAUGCAGAGCAGUCAGAUCACCGAGUAUUUCUCUGUGCUCGUCAACAUGGACAUGUCCCUGCACUCCAUGGAGGUGGUGAACAGGUUGACUACCGCUGUAGAUUUACCUCCAGAGUUCAUCCACCUCUACAUCUCCAACUGCAUCUCUACAUGCGAGCAGAUCAAAGACAAGUACAUGCAGAACCGUCUGGUCCGUCUGGUGUGCGUCUUCCUUCAGUCGCUGAUCAGAAACAAGAUCAUCAACGUCCAGGACCUGUUCAUCGAGGUUCAGGCCUUCUGCAUUGAGUUCAGCCGUAUCCGAGAAGCUGCCGGCCUGUUCCGCCUCCUGAAGACUCUGGACACUGGAGAGAACCCAGCCGAGGCCAAACCCGCCAAAUAAUGAGCUCACAGAGACGCUGCACACAGCAGGAGUGGCCCGCGUUGCUAAAUAAUGCCCCCACCAUCAGAAACCUGACGGGACGUGGUUUGGUUUGGUUCAGCAGCAGCAGCAGCAGAAAUACUGUAAAUAUGUGGUGAUGUCUUCUUCAGACUCUCAGAUCCAGCUCUCCCCUGUCUUUUCCAGAAGUUAAAAAUGAACUCACUUCACCAUUUCAUUUUUUUUUACCAGUGCUUUCUUUCCUUUGGAAAUCUUUUCUCUAAUUAAACAGAUUGUCUAACUGAA